ACAUGAUUACCUCAGGUAAUUUCACAUAUAGUUCUCACCCCGGAAAUACAUUUAUGCAUCUGAUAAGCGUUCGCCUGAUGCACUGAUAUUUAAGGAGACGCCAUAGAUCCGGACGUGAUCUGAAACCACAGUUCUAAGGGUCGACAUGUCAAGGUCUAUAUUUGCUCAGGGAAGUUCACAGUAUUCGUGGCUUAACCGUUUUGGUCUUUAUUUUUGUGGGAAACGUAAUUUAAACAUAUCGAAGUGCGAGUGUUGCAUUUAGUAGGAGACUUGAGGGCAAACUGUGGGUGCUUUACAGGAAAGCUGCUUACAUCGCCCAUAGACCCAUCCCAUUUAUGUGAGUGACAGCCAGAGCAGACAGUGUGAGUGGGAGAACGAGUCAAUGAGACAUAAGGACAGGUUGAGCACAUUGCACACUUGGUUCAAAACUUGAACUGUGUCUCACUCUUUAAGUUUAACACAGGGGUCAAUGGUCUCGAUGCGCACAGGAUAAUCUCAUUUUGUGAAGACUUCUGAGCCCAGAACAUUAAGGAAAUGCUAAUAAGGUUGAUUCACUGCAUCAGGGGUGUGUCCUGAAUGUGUUCGGCAGUCAACGGUGUAAUUCCCCUGAGGAUCAGUGAGGGACUGGCAAACCCUAGAAGACCGCAUGGGGAGUUGUCAAUGUCCACCAAUGUCACUGGUUUCCGGGCACACCAGCAUUUGGAGAUGGACGUGGCCUGGCAAGAACUGAUGGCCAUCACAGAUCUUCAGGAGUUCGAAGUACCCAAUGAGAAUCCCUUUGAAGCUAUUCCAUACCUGUCCUUGGAGCCCAUGGUUUCUCAAGGUGGAUAUGGAAUGGGUCAACCGCAGACUGAAUCCAUUCCAGGAACGUGCGAUGCUCAUCCUGCGGUGGUUUACGAAAACUCGUACUCCGAAUUGAUGCCACCUUAUCAGCGCCUGAAUCCACACAUGCAGGACAUGCACUAUGGACACCCCAGUGGCCACGUUUCUUCUAGAAUGCUCACAAAUACGCAAGCUCUUCAUCCGCCUCUCAUGAGUUUUUUGGAGCACAUGAAUUUGACGACACGCAGCCAUGGCAUUGGAAGGGAUGGCCAUUGCUCAGGACAAAUCAAACAAGCCUCCGUGGAUGAUCUAGAAUCAGACUCCGGAUUGUCGCUCGGUUCGAGUCCGCCCCUCGCCUCCCCAGAAAACGCAGUGCAUGGGGUGCCUACUUACGUACCUACAAAUGGAACAAUGUGCUAUGCUGAAAGUAAAAUCGAAAGUAUGGGGGAACGGCCAAAUCUCCUCGGGUCUGUUGACUACCAACAGUCUUACAGCUCUUACCCAAGUGCUUCAUUUUCAACAUCCGCAAAUAUGCAAGCUGUCAAUCAGCAGGGCCAGGCUUACACAGGGCCAGGGAUGGCGGUGUUAAAGCAACCGAUUUUACCUACGGCCCUACAUGACCUUCAGUUAAACGCAUCAAGUUUACCUAGAGUAGGUUCGUAUCAGCCCCCUUACCCGAAGCCUAAACCGAGCAGCGUUCCCGCACCUCUGAGCAGAGAUGAGCGACGAGCCUUUGCCCUAAAAAUCCCAUUUACACUGGACAAGAUUGUGAACUUACCAGUGGACGACUUCAACGAGCUGUUGACCCAGUAUACGUUGAACGAGGCACAGUUGGCACUUGUAAGGGACAUCCGGCGCAGAGGAAAGAACAAAGUCGCGGCUCAGAACUGCCGUAAACGAAAGUUGGAGAAUAUUGUGUAUUUGGAGAACGAGCUGGGACAGCUUAAAGCCCAAAGAGAGCAUUUAACCAGAGAGAGACUGGAGUUUCAGCAGAACUUAACUAUUAUCAAAUGUCGACUGUCGGAUCUUUACAACCAAGUGUUUUCACAGCUACGGGAUGAGGAGGGACGUCCUUACUCUCUUGAUGAAUAUUCACUACAACAGACUAAUGAUGGCAACGUUUACUUGGUACCACGCAACAUAGCCCUGGAAAAUGAAUGAACUUUGUAGCCAAUGAAAGCAAAUGUGUAAAUUAGUUAAGUAUUUUGACCCACUACUCAAGUAUCUGUACUUUAUCAUAUUGUACUUUUCACUCCACUACAUUUCAUAAAUAGAAGUUGUUUUUUAUCUUUAAAACUUUUAAUUACUUGAGUAAAAGUAAUUAAGUACUAGAUUUUUAAUGUAAUUAAGUAUUAAAUGAAAUUAAUUGAAAUGUAGUGGAGUAAAAAGUAUGAAAUUAUGCUUUAAAAAAGAGGUCUUCAACAAUUUUCAGGCCAAAGACUCCUUAAUCAGCCCAUUCUCAUGAUUUGCAUAUAAAAAGCACGCAAGUCGUGCAAUACAUACACCAAAUUCUAAUUUUGCAUGCAUAUGAUAUGCCACUCCUUCCCGUUCCUUUAAUACAGUGCAUACUUUCGUGUUGUUUUAUAUAUUGGUUUUUCUGGUUUAUUACCAUUGUUGCUUGGGUUCAAUUCUAACCCCAACUCCAAGCGACCAAGGUUUUAAAAUAGACAAAAAAAUGAAGAAACCUAUAUAUUAAAUAACAUCCUAAGCAAAUCCCAAAUCUAACCCCAAACCCCAAAAUUGAAAAUAAAACGAUACGAAAAGAUGCAGCGUAUUAAGUGAAAGGGAAGGACUGACGUAUCAUAUGCAUGCGAAAUUGAAAUUUGACGUGUUGUACGACUUUUCACACUGCAUGCUUUUUAUACGCACUUGAGAAUGAGUUGCCUUAAUAGAUAGAGAGAAGAAACAAGGUCCCCCUAGUACACUGGUUCACCAACUUUUUGGUGUGUACCCCCCUUGUAUAGGGUGCAUGAAUUUGCGGCCCAAAGAAAAUUUAUAAAAUGAAACAAUCUUAAACGUUUGAAUUAAACAAAACUUGUUAAAUGAUACAAUGUAGUGCUGUUGGUUAGCCUUAUUUUUCUGAGGUUUAAUCACACAGAAUUUAUGAUGUAUUUUAUAAAAUGUCCCCAGUUUGAGAACCACUGCCCUAAUACAUCAUAUUAUCAAAUUAAGACUGCAUUUAUUAUUUAUAACACAUAUGGUAUGAUGGUUAUGUUACAAAGAUGAUAUAAUCAUUUUUUUGGCUUACUGCAAAAAAUGAUUUUCAAGAAAAAAUGUUCUUAGUAUUUUUGUAUUGUUUUCAGUAAAAAUAUAAAAACAUUUCUUAAAUUAAGAUGCUUUUUCUUGAUGAGCAAAACUACCCAAGAAAAUAAGUCUAGUUUUUAGACUUAAAAAUAUCAAAUUUAAGUGAUUUUGUGCAUAAAACAAGCAAAAAACAAAUCUGACAAUGGGGUAAGCAAAAAUAUUAAAUUUGAUAUUUUGGUCUAAAAACUAGACUAAUUUUCUUUUUGCUCAUCAAGAAAAAGCAUCUUAAUAUAAUAAUUUUUUGAUAUUUUUACUGAAAACAAGACAACUAAGAAUUUUUUUUCUUGAAAAUCCUUUUUUGCAGUGUAGAUAACAUUUUAAUUCAGCUAAAUAAGAUUUUAUCAUGGGAACAUGCUCUUUAUUUCUCAACCCCAUUUACGGUUUUUUGUUAUUAUAGCUAAUCAAUGCAUUUUUUUUAUUUUACAUUUAAACAACAUUUGGAGGACCCCUGGUAAUAUCACACCAGACCCCCUGUUGAAGAACCAUGCUUUAGAAUUUGGUAAAGUUAAACACAAAGUACAGAUACUUGAUUAAAGUAAAAAUACUUGAAUCCUUUACACCUCUGAAUGAAUGGUAAAGUUAGUGUGUGAAAGGCAUCACAUAAGCCUCCAUAUUUAGAAGGAAUAGUGGGUUUUAACAAUUCACAUCCAAGUUAUUUCAAGCUAAAUAUCAAGUAUACAAUUCAACAAACCCUGCUUUAAUAUAAAAGCCUCAAAAUAUACAGUUGGCAUGUUCUUACAAACCAUAAAAAUAGUGUUUUCUUUGGGGUUUUUGCAUAUUCCAUGGUUCCCAUUCAAAGCCAAAUUUCCUAACUUUUCCUGGCUAAAAGCUGAAUUUUCAUGACCUGUCUGAGAUGCAAAUUACAUUUUAACAAGCAAAUUACAUUUUGAUAAAUGCAAAGUGACAAAAUCCCUGAUAUUCAAUUACUUUGAAAUUCAUUCACUUCUAAAAAAACCUUCCAUGACCUGUGGGAACCCUGAGAUUUAAGUCUUAUGCUGGAAUAAAUUGUCGUCUUAAGAAUUUUAUUUUGAUAAUGACAUACACUUAAAAAAAGUUCCUCAGAAGGUUCACAGCACAGCAUUUUUGGUUCCAAGUACAUUUGUGUACAUGGUUCUCUUUCUUGUACCUUUUUAUAAUCUUAAGAACCUUUUCUCACCACUAACAUCUUUUUGGGCGUUAACAAAUCUUUGUGGAGCCAUUCAGCAAAAAUAAGUUAUUUGGUCAAUGUGUGAAGUGUUUUUAAGGGUGUACAUCAACCUCAUUUCCAGUCUUUGUCCUCCAUACACCUUAAGUUAAAGACUAGUGUCAGUAAACCUAUGCAAAACCAUCCUAACUUUUAAUUGGAAGGAAGUCUAGGAAAUACUACAUUAGUCACUUAUUGUUCCUCUCCCCAGCUAGAUCUUGAUUCAAACACUGGUUUGUGGUCUCUAAACACUUAAAGUUUCAACAGUGGUAAUGUGGUUGUAUCUGAUGUAGACCAUUUAGGUUUCCAAACAUUUCUGUACAUUACACACUGCAUUAUAUGCCCAACAAAGACUUGUUCUGCUGCAGUAACCUUUAGUAUCAAGUUGACAUAAGACACCACAUCACUUAUAGUAUUAAAAAAAGAUUUAUUGGUAAAAAAGUUAAAAACGUAAUAAAAUAAAUCCUUUGCACAGCUGCAUCUAGGUCCUAGAAAAAGAGAAAUAAGAGAUUAGAGGUGGUUUUAAUAUAAAAAUUACACUGAGAAAGAUCACUGUACCUUUCAUCAUUGCACCAUUUUUAGGCUGGCAUGUCUUUCCAGUUUAGAGACUUCACCUCAGAUCCUAAAUGAGAAAGCCAGAUGCGUUAUGGUCUCGUAGCUUAACACCACAAACAAGUGGGCAUGCAUUUUAAGUUUAAAUGUGACAAAUGUUCUGCACCAAAGGACUAUGCUAACUGCAGUUACUCCUCCAAUCACAACACUGAAUGGGAAGUUCAGUUACUGUACAGCUUUUGCCAAAUAAAGGUUAUGUUUUACAGUUA